UUAUAAAUUCAACCUUAAGUGAAGUCAUAUGUUCGCUGUUAUAUUAAUCGAACUGAUUAUUAAAUAGUUUAAUGACAGAAUUAUUCAAAGUUUUAAAUCUUCAUAAAGCAACUGUAUCUAGUCGACUUUCUUAUUCGAAUUAAAAUGCCAAAAGUGUUACAUAUGUAAUCAUUAAUUCUUAUUAAAUAAAUGUGAUACAAUAUGUUGGAUUCGCAUUCAAAUUCGUCCACUAUUAUAAAAAAACAUCAAUGGCCUAUAAUAUACCACGAAGGUUAUAAUGUUCAUUUCAUGGGCUUAGAAAAACUCCACCCAUUUGACGCUUCAAAAUGGUCAAACAUCAUAAAAUAUCUCAUAGAUUCAGGAAUGAUUAACAAGGAUUCUGUCAUCAGACCUAAUGAAGCUAGUAAGUCUGACUUGUUACUCGUUCAUACCAAACGAUACUUAAGAAAACUCAAGUCAAGCUUAACUGUCUCACGUAUUGCAGAGGUGCCCCUCUUAAUGUUUGUUCCAAACUGUUUAGUCCAAUCAGGAUAUUUGCGUCCAAUGAGGUUACAAACUGGUGGCAGUAUAAUGGCUGCAAAGUUAGCUUGCCAACAAGGUUGGGCCAUUAACAUAGGAGGCGGUUUUCAUCAUUGCAGCAGUGAUCGUGGUGGUGGAUUUUGUCCAUAUGCCGAUGUAACAUUAUUAAUUAAACAUGCCUUAAGGGACAAACAACUCGGUGUGAAAAAAGUUAUGAUAGUAGAUCUUGAUGCUCACCAGGGUAAUGGUUACCAGAGAGAUUUCUUGAAUGAUAAUCAAAUUUAUAUAUUAGACAUGUUUAAUUCUGAAAUAUAUCCCAAGGAUAAUCUUGCUAAACAGGCAAUAACUAGAUUAGUGGAGUUGAAGCCAUUUACAAAGGAUAAUAUAUACUUGAAUAAGCUUGAAUAUCACAUGGAGGAAGCAUUGUCUGAAUUUAAUCCUGAUCUCAUUGUGUUUAUUGCUGGAACCGAUGUCUUAGAAGGAGAUAGUCUUGGAUUGCUAUCAGUCACACAAGAGGGUAUUAUUAAACGUGAUGAAUUCAUGUUUAAAAAAGCACGACACAAUAAAAAUCCGAUCCCGAUAGUAAUGCUGACAAGCGGUGGUUAUUUGAAGAAAACUGCUAAAAUAAUUGCCAACUCAAUUAUAAAUCUUAGAGACCAGGGACUUAUAAACAGUCCUGAAAAUUAAAUAAUUGAAAUAGCACUUCAUAAUAAUAUUUGCACUAACUAUAUUUAUUUUAAAUUAAGUUUUUACAUGUAAUUAAUUUUAAUCUAUUUUAAAACGUAAAUCGAUCGCGCCUUUAAAGAGAAAGUGUUGAAGUAUUGA